AUGAUGAAUACUUACUCGGCCACUAACUCGGCAUCAGCUCUUCUGCCUGAUUCCUUUUCCAUGGACUGCCCCGUUACUACAGAGCGUGAUUAUAUCAGUUCCCAUGUAACAGGGUUCUCAGACGAGGACGAUCAUCAGCGAGUCGGAGGGCUUUCCUCCAUGCCUGUCACCAACGGCGUGCGGUACCACGCACAGCCUGCGAUGCAAGACUUACAUUACUCUGGCUCUUCUGUGCUUGCUAUGACACCUCCAGACUCAGUUUCCGAUUCUUUCUCUCCUACAUCUGGCCCAAUUUUCCCAUACCUUUCUCAACAGCAGCAUUCAUAUAAUCGCAUGAACGAAUUUCCCCGGGGACUAGCACUCCAACCUCCCACCGGCAUGUCUACCACUAUGCAGGCUUCGUCACACGCCGUUAGCUCCAUUCCAGCCCUAAUGGGGAGAAGCCAUGCCUAUUCCUCCUCUUAUGCUUUACAGCGCGGCAUAGGUCUAUCACUAGCAGGAGUCAAUGAUGUCUCCCGCUCCCAUCAGUAUUCGGGCGCUCCCCGGACUCUAGAUGGUCUAGAUCGCCCUCAGGCCAUGUUUCAGCAACCGAUGGUAGAAUCUUCACCACGAUCCCAACCACAGUUUGAGGCGCCCCCUUUCAAUGACACCAACAUUCUUGAGUCUAUCGUGGCGGACUUUGGAACCUCCCAGACCGUUGUCAAGCCUGACAUCCAAGCCAAGAUCGGACGGGGCUUUUUCGCUUCUGAUGGCAAAUGGACAUGCUAUCGCCGGAACUAUUUCGCCGUGACCUGCAGCUUCAGUCUUCACCCGUGGACCUCAUCAGUACCUCUGUAUAUCCGACAUAACGAUGGAGCGUUGACGCCAAUCCGCGGUUUCCAGAUGUCCAUUUCCGCGAUCGUGAACGAACAGUACACAGAGACCCGAGAGUUGGUCCAGCACACUCCGAAACGAGACAAGCAAUCCGAGCGAAAACCAGGCCCAGUAGCCCUUCAGCCUGCUCCUCCGCCAUCCUUGUCGGCAGGAUCAACAGGAAAUGGGCACUCGAACUUUCCUCUCAAUUCCCAGUCUUUAGACUACAACUCCUCAUACUCGGGCGCCCCUCAGCCCUGCCACCCACCAACUUCCCAUAUGUUCGAACGCAUCCAAUUCCAGAAAGCGACCGCCAACAACGGAAAGCGCCGCGCUCAGCAGCAGUACUACAACCUGGUAGUAGAACUUCACGCCGAGAUAUCAGACCCAGUAACCGGAGAAUCGGAGCCAGUCCUGAUCGCCCGUCGUCACUCACACCGCAUGGUCGUCCGCGGCCGUUCCCCAGGUCACUACAAAGAUGGUCGACGUGACAGCACCGCGAGCAUGGGCCCAGACGGAAGUAGUGGCGAUGGCAACGGUGGUCUCUCUCACGGAAUGGGACAGUCCACACGCUCACAUCUCAUGAUGUACGACUCCGCGCACCGAAGCGCCCUCCCUUACGGACGAACAGACUAUCGGCAGAUCCCGAAAACAGAGCACUCACAUUCACCUCUGAGUGAUAGUCCGCUCGUCUCAUCUUCAUCCUCAUCUGGCUUCGAUUAUUCCAUGAUUAACGAUACAAUGGAUCCGAUGGAUACUUUGAAAACUUCCCCCACACUCGAUUACCAAGAUCCUUUUACUGGCAUCCCACAUCAUCAUCACCACCGGUCCAGCACUGGAAGUGGUGGUUACGACCCCGUUUAUUCGACCUCGAACUAUGGACGCUAUGACCCUAUCCAGAACCCGCAUGGCCUGUGCACAUGA